AUGGAUGGUAUUCAAAUGGAACCGAUUGGAAAAUACAAACCGGACAGGAACGGCUCAGCGAAAGCAGCAGCCUGGAGGAACAUGGUAGACCAGGACCUCGACGAUGUGGCGUUUCUGGCAGACACAGACAAGGCCCGGGAGGCCCGGGAGUUGGGGGAGACACCGGUCGCUGUGUGCUCACAACGCAGGGCGCUAUGCCUAGCUGGUCUGGUCUUUUCAGCUAUGUUCGCAACAGCAUUACUCGUCGUCUACGCUACACCGCAGCCAGAAUGCCCGUGCUCCAGUGAAACUCUCUUGCUCUCUGGACAAACACCAACGGAGGUGGACGAAAACGCAACUGUCGCUAAUAAAGAACGUAUAGCGACAAACGGGAUGGUCUUCCCUUGGAGAGGUGCAAGAUUACCCACGUAUGUUAUACCGAAACACUACAGCUUAUGGCUUCACCCAAACUUGACAACCGGAGAAAUGAGAGGUGAGGUGUCUAUAGACUUCAAAGUAGAUCGAGACACCAUGUUCGUUGUCCUCAAUGUUAGGGACAUGAACGUGACAGAGAGGGCGCUUUUCAAGUCUGGGUCCAUUGGGCCCAAAAUUGUCAAGGCUUUGGACUUCCCACCAGCAGAACAGACAUACAUUGAAUUCAAGGAGAAACUUCGUCGCAAAUACAACUACACUUUGAGCCUUCGCUUCAUCACGAAAUUGGACAGAAGUGAUAAGUUACGGGGAUUUUUCUUAACUGGGACGCACAGGCAUCGAUGUGCUAUAUCCCGAUUAUGGCUGACGCAUGCGCGUUCAGUGUUCCCCUGCUUCGACGAGCCGUACCUUCGCGCGACUUUCAAACUGACCAUAGUGAGAGACAGGUUUCACGUAUCGCUGACAAAUAUGCCUAUCGUUGCUACAGAAGAGGCUGGCUUCUAUCUUGGACAUAGAUUGCUCCAAGACGAAUUCGCGACGACCCCAACAAUGCCACCGCACAUGAUAGCUCUGUCUGUGUGCCGUCUGCAACGGCGCUCCGCCCCACUUCUAGAGCCUUCGCCCAGUCUGCCCGAAGCCACAGAGAGCAGUGAUGAACCUGCCCCCGAAAUCAGUUUGUACAGCGAUAAACAAGUUAUACUGGAUGAAUCUGGUCCGCUUCUUGAAUGGGUUCAAAAAACGAUCCAACUGUAUUCAUACGAAUUGAAUACUUCGUACCCUCUGCCUAAAUUCGAUAUAGUGGUCGUCGAGAACAGCAGUCCAUACUCCGAAGGUUGGGGUCUCAUUACCCUUUCACCUGCCACCCUGACUGACACCAAGGUCAUCGCAAGGUUAUUGGCUCAACAGUGGUUUGGAGGCCUGGUGUCACCGAGAUGGUGGAGUUCCCAAUGGCUGAUGGAAGCCUUGACUUCGGUGCUCGGUGAGAAGGCACCGUCUCUAGGGACAGUCGCUGAAAGACAGGAGGACGCGCUACUUUUGGAUCAUGUGUUGCCGGCCCUUACAUUAGACUCGAGUAUUUCGGUGCGAGCUGUGGCCUCACCGAGAUUCGAACGCGCUGACAUCGAAGCUACAACCGAUGAACUAUCGUUACAUAAGGGUGCUGCUAUAGUCAGUAUGGCGAUUGAGGCCGCUGGCGUUUCGGCGGGCCGCGCGGCUCUCGCGCGUUUACUGCGCGAUCAUCGAACGGCAAGCGCUGAUGCGCGUGAUCUAUGGCGCGCGUUACAACAAGAAGGCGGCGGAGAAGCCCCGGAGAACGCGUGGGACGGCUGGUGCGAGAGAGCCGGAUAUCCGCUUGUCAGCGCUUCGAACGCCGGGCACGACGUCAUUAUACGCCAGGAGAGGUUUGUGAUGUCUGCGGAGCCUCCAGAACACGAACCGCCAUUCCGGAACCACCUUCUCACAUUCCACCUCAGAGCUGAACUCGAGGAGCUGUUCUUCGAACCUGAAAACUUUACUGAAAUAAUGGAAGACGACGUCAACAUGACAACCACGACAUCUACGACAACGCCCCGCCCCACUACUGUCAAAACGACGAAAGCACCCCCACAACCCAAGUGGGUGAUCCCGCUGACAUUCAGCGUAGGUCCUCUUUUGGAAGAAGAGGUGGAUAACAUAACAAAACUGUGGAAGAAUAGUACUGAGAACAUGCAAAAUGGGACUUGGUAUGACUUAGGAAACGAGACAAAAGUAAUAACUUCGAAAUGGAUGGAAAAUGUGACUCAUCUGGUCUGGAUGAACGAUACUGAAAUGGUGAUACCUGAUCUCGGUAAACACAAAUGGGUGAGGUACAACGUGGGUGCCAGAGGUCUGUACCGCGUUGCUCCUCAAGACCAACCUGGCGAGUCUGCAGAAUCGGCAGCGAACCGCGCUGCUAUUUUAUUCGACACGGGAGCGGCGUCAGAACGUGCGCUCCUUCUGGACGAUGCCUUCGUACUGAGCCGAGCGGGUCGCCUCCCAGCGAGUCGUGCUAUAGCUGCUGCAGCUCGCUUGCGUGUUGAGCAGCAUUGGGCAGUGUGGCAAGUUGUUGUCAAACAGCUGUCCCAUUGGAGGGAAUUGCUGCAAGUCUCGGCGUCAGCGCCCUAUUUGCACGAAAUGCUCAGCUCUUUGACGCCAGACAUCACUCUGUAUAGCGCAAGGGAAAUUGAGCAGGGGCAUUUGAAUGAGGAUCAACUAUGGUUGAGUGGUGCGUUGCUGAUGGCUGGCGUGGAGUGGGGGAAUGAGAAUGUCACAAACCAAGCUCUACAACUUUUCGACGCUUGGCUUUACGAAAACGAGACAAUACCAGAGAUAUACCAAGAGGCCGCAUUUACCGCUGGAGUGCGUAAGCUCGGCGAGCAUGCUUGGCGCGCAUGCUGGAAGGCUUUGGUGACGUCGUACGCAGCUCCACGGCCUAUGUAUUCACAUCGAGCUCUGCUAGCUGCUUUGGUGUCGCCUACGGAUGAUUGGCUUUUAUAUAGAUUUGCGUACACGGUGAUGUCGACUGAGGCGCAACGCGGCAGAGAUUGGAAUAAUUGGGUGACGUCACUCUGCGCUGGACUCUGUCGAUGGCGCGGUGCGUCCGGCGUGUGGCGUGUUCUCAAUAACACAGCCUUACCUCCAUCUGCCUUGCAAGCAGCCGCGAGGUGCUUGUAUCAACCUGCUGAUUAUUAUAGGUUUCAAGACCUUUUCGGCGGGCAGCGUGGCGCCGACGUCGCUUUGGACACGAUUUCUCUGAAUUCAGCAUUCGUCGCACGCGCAGACGGCGAUCUACUAAGAUACUUUCAAGCUAUAAGGAAAGCUUAG